UUUCUCAGCUCCACCCCUUUCCCGUCUGCUUCCCCGCUCGAGUUUAGGGUUCUCGGGGUUUGCGGGAGGUACUACUGCUAAUUCCCUGUUCGAGGGAGUCUGCGAUUCUCGUCCCCAAAGCCCACCUCCGUUCACUCGGGACUAACAGCUGCUUCCCCGCCUCGCAGAGCUUGUGACGGAAGGAGAAGAAAGAGAGGGGCGUUGCAGGGGGGAAGGGAAGACCAGAAAGUGAAGUCUGGGGAAAAAGGGGGCGGAGCACGUGGUAAAAAUUCCCGCGUGGGACGAGCGGGGAGUGAACACGUGGAAGGGGAGCCCAGGUUGGGAGUGGUGAAGCAGAAAUGAAGAAGAGAGGCUCAUACAUAAGGGACAGAUAUGGAAGAAGCAGUCAUUGGCAGAGCAAUGCCUGUCGCUGGAAUAGAAGGCGUAGUUCUAAUGAAAGAUACAGAGCAGAGAUAUCUCACAGUCCUCAAAGUUCUGACAGCAAUACUAGAGCCUUUUCAUCAGCUUCUAGCUCAAAUGAGAGCUCUUCAGUGCCAGAACUCCCAGGAUUUUACUUUGAUCCUGAAAAGAACCGUUACUUCCGCUUGCUUCCUGGCCAUAACAACUGCAACCCCCUCACCAGGGAGAUUAUUCAGCACAAGGAGAUGGAGAGCAAAAGAUUGAAGCUUUUAGAGGAAGAGGAUAUGCUAAAAAAGAAAACUACUCGAAUUGGAUUGAAUCCAUUACCCUUGUUGCACAAGAGGCAGUUGGGUUUGCUCUGCUCUACCAAUUAUUGCCGACUAGUCCAUGAGUUACGUGUAAACUGCAUGCAGAGAAAGAAGGUGAAAAUUCAGAGCCCUGAUUCCUCUGUUGUUGGAACAGAUCACUUUAAACUCAUAGUGGCUGACACUGCCCGGGAGAGGGUAUUCACAGUUAAUGAUGUGGAACAUGGAGGCUGCAAGUAUGGCAUCAUCAACCUUAGUGGUUUAGGAACCCAGGCUCUCACUGUGGAGAUGUAUGACAACCUCUACUUUACCAAUCGAAAGGUAAAUUCUGUAUGCUGGGCCUCUCUGACUCAUCCAGAUUCUCAUGUUUUGCUCUGUCUCAUGGGCAUUGCAGAGACUCCAGGCUGUGCCAGUUUGCUUCCUGCCUCCUUAUUCAGCAACACCAGGCCAGUAGGAGACCAGCCUGGCAUGCUAUGCAGCUUUAAGAUCUCCACUGCCUGGUCUUGUGCAUGGUGCCUGAACCCCCAGGCUAAUAAUUGCUUCAGUACAGGCUUGUCCAGGAAAGUCCUUGUAACCAAUGCAGUGACUGGUCAUCGGCAGACAUUUGGGACCAACAGUGAUGUAUUGGCACAACAAUUUGCCACCCAGGCCCCUGUGCUGUUCAACGGUUGCCGCUCUGGAGAGGUCUUUUCUAUCGAUUUGCGUCACCGAAGUCGUAAAGGCCAGGGCUGGAAAGCUACUCGCUUAUUCCACGACUCGGCUGUGACUUCUGUUAAAGUCCUGCAAGAUGAGCAGCACCUGAUGGUAUCAGAUAUGACUGGGAAGAUCAAGCUAUGGGACUUGAGGGCAAAUAAGUGUGUGAAGCAAUAUGAGGGUCACAAUAAUGAAUAUGCCUACCUGCCCCUGCAUGUACAUGAAGAAGAAGGACUUCUGAUAGCAGUGGGUCAGGACUGCUAUACAAGGAUAUGGAGCCUUAAUGAUACCCAUCUGCUCAGAACCAUCCCUUCCCCAUACCCAUCCUCCAAUCAAGACAUCCCCAGUGUGGUUUUCUCUUCCCAUCUUGGGGGGCCCUAUGGAGUGCCAGGCUUGCUCUUGGCUGUUCGACAGGAUCUCUACUGUUUUUCCUACAAUUAAAUUUGCUCUAGAUUAAAUAAAAAAGCACAGUAGAUCCCAUAUUAAUGAAAUCGAGCUUUGACCAAGUAGAUUAAAUACAAACUCAUUUUAGUAGAUGAUCUGAUCGUAUUACUAAUAUUGCUUUUCCUGCUCGGAUGUUUUCACUAGGUGCUUAUUUUUUCUUAGCUUCUUGGGUUCAGAUUAGAAGUAUAUUAUGUGGGAAAGCUACAUCUGUAUUGUUUAAUUCCUCUGUGGGCUCAAGGAGUGUGCAAAUCCUUUUCAUAAAAGGUGCCCAUUUCCCUUCCCUUGGAAGAUCUAAUUCUGUUUUAAAAAGACUUUCCAAGCACUGAGAGGAUUAAUAAGAGUUGGAUUUUUCCUUCUCAUGGACCAGAAAACUUUCCUUGAACCGAAUGAAUGUUAGAAGUUAAUCUGUGCCACCAUCCCAAGGUAUGUGCAUUAUAAAGACAACCACUACAAUAUUUCUGCAGAAGGUUUAGGUAAACAAGACUUGAAGAGAGUCAAAAACAGUCCUCUUAUAGUCUCUAAAGAACAGGAUAUAGCAUCUUGGGAUAGGUAAUAGUUUAACCUUCUUGAUUACUCAGCAUAUAAGUCUGGAAUAUUCCACUAUCCUUUCAUGAGCAUUGGGGGGAAAAAAGUUUAAUUGUGACUGGCUUUAAAGUUUUCUUCCUUUGUUUACUGCGCAAUAAGUAUAAUAUGUAGCUAUUUACAGAGAAUUUUUAAGUCAGCAACUUUUGCAAAUGUUUUGCUAGAUGAAUCUACUGAAAAAUAAAAAUAUCUUUGCCAUUAUGUGAUAUAACUUUUGUUGCUUUAGCUGCUUAAACAGACUAGAUUGACAUCACACCUGUUAAACUAUUGGGUGCUGACAUCACCAAAAUGGACAUAUUCUCAGUGGAAAACAGAUUUAACACAGAGGAUUGUGCAAUACAAUUGCUUUAUAUGGCUUUCAGCCAGUAAUAAAUUCCUAGUUCAGGAAGGAACUAGGAAUAAGUUUAGUGGUGCUUGAUUGAGGAUGGAAAGCCACCAUUUUGCUAGGCCUAAAUCCAGGUGAAUGAACUUACUCUGACCCUUCUCAACUCUCCUUCCCUAACAGCCCUUUCUUUCCAUCAAUUUUUCAUUUUACUUUCACCACUGACCUACCCAGCACAAACUGAUUGUUCAACUACACAUUAGUCUAAGUAACCCUUGAUCAUAUUCUCCAACGUGAGGUCCUAUUACUUAGUUGUUAAAGCUGGAGAGGGUUAUGAGGGCAUUGCUUUUAGGCCAACAGGCAAGGGUAAUGUUAAACACAUUCCCUAUAAAUACAAAUUGCCUGUGAUUUAAAGUGGGAAGGAAAACUCAAGUUCUCUGUACCUGCCAAUUUAAGAUGGGGGUAAGGAGGGAGUGCUUUAUUAUUUUGUUGCUGAAACUUUCAGGGUGUUGGUUUUGGUUUGUUUUAUUGGGGGAGAGAUCAUAUCUAAUUCCCGUCCAGUCUCCUCAUCCCUGAAGUAAGAUUACAUAGCUUCGAAAGUCUGUUCUGUGUCCAGAAUUGGUAAAAGGAGUGACUCUGUCAUGAUUGUGACCAAAGCCUGUGUGGGUAGGUGGCUUUUAUAUUUUAUCGAUGCCUUUUUUUUAGUGCUAUACUGGGGCAGCUAACUGGUAGAUGUGAAUGCUGGGUGAAUGAGUCAGGAAGACUCAUCUUUAUGAGUUCAUAUCUGACCUCAGACACUGUGCCCUGGACAAGUCAUUUAACCCUGUUUACCUAUUUCCUUAUUUGUAAAAUGAGCUACAGAAGAAAAUGGUAAACCAAGAAAAUUCUAAACCGGUAUAGAGUAGGGCAUAAUUGAAAAUGAAUUACAUCAAAUUUUCUACCACCUGCCUACUCUAGAUUGAACCCUCCCUCCCCUGGAACAAAAAAAAUCAGAGAAAAUAUCCCAUAGAGUAUCUGACAGGUUGUAGUAGUAGUAGUUUUCAUUUACAAUUUUUCUUACUUUCCAGAAUUUGGACCAUGUCUUCCUUUGAUCAUAUAUAGUUUGCACUUUUGAAAACUUUUUUGAGCGUAUAUCCAUUGAGGAAUGUGAUUCUUGGUGUUAUAUAUUUGUCAGUUCUCUGUUUUUAAUAUUAAUAUUUUAAACAAUUUUAAAUAUAAAUUUUUAAAAAUAACUCAAUAUUUUUUAUGCCAGACUUUGGUCAGUGAUAUUUGAUAAAAUAUUUUCCUUGUUCUACCAUUUCUUGUCACUUUUACUUCCCCAUUCAGGCAAAAGAUUUGUAAAUUUUGUAUAAUCAAAACUGCCUUUUAGGGAGGUCCUAGGUUCAAAUUUGACCUCAGCCACUUCUAGCUGUGUGACCCUAGGCAACUCACUUGACCCUCAUUGCUUAGCCCUUACCACUCUUCCGCCUAGGAACCAAGAAAAAGUAUUGAUUCCAAGAUGGAAGGUAAGGGUUUAAAAAAAACUGCCUUUUAAAAAAAAGGUAUUUCCUUUUUCCUUUACUUAGUUAAGAAUUCUUCCCCCUAAGAGGGAGUAUAAAGGGAGGGGUAGUUGGUAGUACUGAUCCAAAAAAAAGACUGGGACAUUUUUAAAAGAGCACGGAAGUUUCAAAAAUAAAUACAAACAGAAUUUAUUAAAGUAACAUAGGAAUUUAUUAGAUGCUUUUUAAAAAUAGGUGUGAAAUGGAAGAGUCAGUUUGAUAUAAAACCAGUUUGUGUUCUGCAAUGUGGUAUGGAAAUAUUUUUUCUUUGUAUUUGUUCAAAAUAAAAAAAUUUUUUUAAAUAUUAUUUUCUAUUUGUAUUUGUAAAAGAUUCUUCUCAAUUCUCUCUAAAGAAAUUUUUUAGUAACACAUCUUGUAUUCAAAUCAUUUUUAGCUUGUUGUAUAUGAUAUAAGCAUUUGGGCAAAACUUAAUUUCUGCUGUCCAAUUUCCCCAGAAAUUCUUGUACAGUCAUUUCCCUGGUUAUUUAUGUUCUUGACUUUAUCAAACACUGCUCCAUAAUUUUUGGUUGCUUCUGUUUCUUGUUGAUCUAGUUCCUUCACCUGAGUUAUUUUUCUGGUUUUUUAUUACUGCCUUACAGGUCUUUAAAGUUAUGUCUGCUAACUCUAUGCCCCCUUUUUUUAUAGUUUCUCAUCAUUUCCCUUGAUAUUCUAAGCUUUUGUACUUAACAAAUUGUCUAAUUGUAGUACUAAUCUGUUAAUUAUUUAGAAAGAAUUGCCGUUAUGUUAUCAGCCAACUAUGAGCAGUAAAUAUUUUAAAUCAUCUCUAUUAUUUUCUGUAGUUUUGUGAUUAUAUAGUUACAUAAUUAUUUUAUGCAUUUUAAGUUAUUUUAAGUAGAAUUCAUCUUAUCUUUCCCUAGUUUUUAAAAUUAUAUAGAAAAAAUUGUAUUUGUGAACUUAUCCUGCAACCUUAGCUGUUUUGGAUCAAUUAGUUUAACUGACCCUUCAGGUUUUCUAAGUAUUACCAUUAGUUCACCUGUAAAUAUUGAUAAUUUUGACUCAAAUUUUUUUGCUUUACUCUCAUCUUAUUGCUAUAACUAACAUGUCCAGAAUGGUCAAAUAAUGGUGACGAAUAUUCAGCACGAAUUUUCUUGUUCUAUUGCUUUUUGUUCUGGAAAAGCUAAUGUUUCUCCAUCACAAGCUAUGCUAACUCUUGGUUUUAAAUAUAUGCUUUUGAUCAUAUUAAAAACUAUCUUUUCUGUGCCUAUCCUUUUUUUGUAAAAGACUUUUUCCUUAUCUAAAAUAUUUGUUUGUAAUUAUGUUAAUUUUCAAUUGCUAAAACAUUGUAUCUGGUAGAAAUCCUAUUUGUUAAAAGUAAGUUAUUUUCAGGAGUUUUUUGUAAUUUGUACGAAAUUUUUAUUUAAAUUUCUUGCAGUAUUUAUUAGUGAAUGUUCUAUAGUCUGCGCAUUCUCUUCCUUUGUUUAGUGUCGGGAUAUAUCUAAUAAAUUGAAUUUGGCAGAAUACAUUAUA